AUGACUGAGCAUAGUGCUAAAAGGAAAACGAAUGGUGAAUUGGAAUUUGAAAAAAAAAUUCAAAGUGUUUCAGUAAUAGGACACGCUCCUCUUCAUUACUUGACACCAGAGGGCUUCAAAAGUCCGCAAGGUCCUGCUAGUUCAGGUCUGAUUUUUGCUGAACUGUAAAAUUUUUUCCAAAAGGUGACAAUCACCUUUGUAGAAAAGAUGAACAGUGAAAAAAAUUUGACGGCUCUCAAAAUAAUAAUUCAUUUAUUUGGAAAUUGAAAGCCAACUGCAUCGAGUUGCAGUUGUUGAACCUUCAAACGUCCCUCAGUUUGGACCAGGUUUCGAAUCCGCGGCUCAUAAUUUCGGUAAGCAAUUUAUCGACUACAGAAAAAGUGUUCAAUGUGUGGUCUGAAAAUCCCUUCCUCUUUUUUUAUGGUUUCCCACGGUGUCCUGAGAAAAUAAUCGCCUGAAGAAAGGCGUAAAAAGUUUGUGGCCGUUACGACUCUUCGAAACAUUGUAGCCAUUACGAUUUUCAGACAGUUACUGUGGACAAAACAUGAGGCCUUCUCUCUUGGCAGCAGCUCCCAGCUACGCCUACCAUUUCCGUGAAUUUAGUUGGAAAUUCAUAAACUUUUUUUCUUUUCAGAUCCUUCGGCAAACACUCGCUAUCAGAAUACAACUUAUGAAGCCAACGCGAUGCAUCUUCGGAACACUCACAACUAUUCGCUCGGCAAUAACAGCGGUAACAGUCCUGGACCUGUUUUUUUGAAAUGAUGAUCCUAGUAAAAUCAAAAAGAAGUGCUUUGAACUCUGAAAGUUCACGGACCGCCAGGAUUAUAACUGAUUUUUCGAAGUUUGACAAUAUAAAUUUUUGAUUAGCGCAAAAUGAAAAAAGUAAAUAAUUGAAAGCAGCGAAAUUUCAAAGAAACUUUAACACGUAACUUUUUGAGUUUUUCAGCUGAUGUCAAAGAAGGCAAGCCGGAAGACAACGGUCAGCCGCCAGAGUUGAGCUUCAAUGGUAAUAGAAAUCGAAUUUUUCGGGCUGAAUUUUUUCUUGAAGAACCUCAGCUAAACAUUUAGUUGGAAAUUCAUCAACUUUUUUUUCUUUUCAGAUCCUCCGGCAAACAAUUUCUAUCAGAAUCCACUCUAUGAAGCCAACGCGAUGCGUCUUUGGAACGUGCCAAACAGUUCGCUCGGCAAUAACAGCGGUAACAGUCCUGGUACUGUUUUUUUGAAAUGAUGAUCCUGAAUAAAAUCAAAAAGAAGUGCUUUGAACUCUGAAAGUUCACGGACCGCCAGGAUUAUAACUGACUUUUCGAAGUUUGACAAUAUAAAUUUUUGAUUACCGCAAAAUGAAAAAACUAAAUAAUUGAAAGCAAACACGUCAUUUUUUGAGUUUUUCAGCUGAUGUCAAAGAAGGCAAGCCGCAAGACUACGGUCUGCCAUUGCCUUGCGGCUGA